GAAACUUAUUCCGUUACUGCAGAGCAUCGCAGAAGCUACUGCUGGCAAGCAUGAUAAAGAAGGCUCGAAUCUCAACGACGCACAGUGUAUAAUCCACGUGUAAAAUCAGCAGCUUUCCACGUAGACAUGAUAAAACAACCACGGUCCCACAAUAGAGUUUCGGCGACAAAAAGUUGAAGAGGGCGCGAAAGCAAACCAGUGCAUUGCUGCUCUUUUCAGUUUCUACCGCCCCGGCCCGCAUUUCAAGCCACUGAAACGGCAAAACCCUCCCUUCCUCUCUCUCUCUGUUCAAAAAACACUCUCUUUCAGUUUUCCGUUAUAAAUCGACGGCAAUGGUGAGACCAACUCAGGAUGCGAUCGAGACGUUCAUGAGAAUCACCGGCGCGUCUGAUUCACUCGCGGUUCGAAAGUUGGAGGAAUAUGGAGGCAAUCUUGAUCAGGCUGUGAAUGCUCAUUUUAUUGAAUUGGAAGCAAACGCGAGAAAUCAAUUGUCUGCUGCUUCCCCUCAAAAUAACUUUGCUGAUACGAGAAAUCAAAUGCAAUCUGGACAGCGUGGGAUUUUACCGUUCGUAUCUGCUGCUAGAAGUUUUAGGCCUUCAUUACUUCUUGAUCCUAACUAUAGGAGAAACCUGUACAGCCAAAUUGGUGCUUCUGUUUUCCCUACUAGUAGGGGACCACAGUUUUCACCCAAUGGUGAGAUUAAUAAUGACCAUGGGCAGCUUUAUCAUUCCGGACCGGGGCAUGGAGUUGGUGGUGUGAGUGGAACUUCAUCAACACACGGCUCACAAAUUCAUGGAAGGAGCACAAGGGAUGCUGAAUCACAUCAUUAUGGUGAUGAUGUUGAGGAAGAGAUGAUCCAGUUGGCCAUUGAGGCUUCAACCCAGGAGAGGCAGCUUCACGAGGAAGACGAUGAGUUUGCUCGUGCACUAGAGUUGUCCUUGAAGACAGCGGAACAAGAAAAAGCAAUGCGUGAUCAGACGUUGGAAGAUCGAAAACUACAGGGAGUUCAUGGUUCAAGCAGAAGGGCUGAGAAAACUAAUCAUGUAAGAGAGAAAAAGUCAAAGCCUGAGAGCUCAACAUUGAAAGCGGGAGCUAAACGUGGGCAAGAGCAGCAAUUGUGGGGUUGCAUUUCUUCCAAGGAGUUUGAUGAAGCAAUGCAGCUUGAGGAGGCACUUUUUGGUGAAAUCCCUGAAGAGACUUUAUCACGACGUCCACUUCGCCAGCAAGGUGUUCCGGACAAAAGUAAAGGUCUCAAUCAACAGCUCCCUUUGCCAUCACCCUCACAUGUGGCUCAGCAAUUACUAAACCAACAGAAUGAUGAGUAUCUUGCGUCUCUGUGGGCUGAUGGAGAAAAAGAUGUUGAUGUCCUCAAGGGAGCUGAAACUUCUUGCUCAAAGGAAGGAGAAUCUCAAAAUAAGAUGCUUGAAGGAGAGGAAUUUGAGAGAUUACUAGCAGCAAAAGAAGCUUCACUUAAACAAGAACCUGCUCCAGAUGACAAGAAUGCAGUAACUCUUCUUGUCCGUAUGCCAGAUGGAAACCGCCAUGGCCGUCGCUUUCUUAAGUCUGACAAGCUUCAGUUACUUUUUGACUUCAUCGAUGUUGGUAGAGCUGUGAAGCCUGGAACUUACAGGGUGGUGAGGCCAUAUCCCAGGCGUGCGUUUUCUGUCAGUGACAUCUCUCUAAGUUUGAAUGAACUCGGUCUCACCAACAAACAGGAAGCGUUGUUUCUGGAAUUGAUUUAGUUUCGAGUCCCUUGUGAAGUACAGACCUCCAAAAUGUAAUCGUGUUUGUUCAGUGAGCCUGUAAUACAUGGUUAAGAGUGAUGAUAACACCACGGAGGUGACUGAAUGUGGGAUUAAACAUGGUAUAUGUUUUUGAUGUUUGGCUGGGUCCUGUACAUAUGUGUCAAAUGUGAGAUGAGAUCUGCAAAUAGCAACAUCUGACUGUUAAUGAUUCAA